AUGGCAUUAAGGCCGUUUAAAAUAUGGAAUUCUUCAAGAACUAUAAAGAAAACUGUGGUGGCAUCUUCAUUUGAAAUGUUGAUUGAGAGAGGUUGGUUUCUCAUUUGCUAUUAUAAAAUAUUCACUCAUCAACAUUUAUAUAAACCCAGGGCCAGAUAGGAAUUCAAUAAAUAAGUCAAUACACAGUUAUUAAUAUUUUAUAUACAUAAGUAGACUUAUAGAUUUUCAAAUUAUAGAUCUAUAAAUUAUAUAGAAUUCAUAAAAAAUUCCAUUUACAUAAUUUUAUUGAUUUUAUUGAUUAUGUUUAGAUUUGAUUUAUUAAACCUUUAUAGAAUAGGUGGGUUUCACCAAGUCGUAUACAGAAGGAAACGCUUGGUGGUCAAAUUUACAUGUAUUGCCGCUUUAAUUAAAUAUGUUGUGUGGAAGGGGGCAAAUGUUGCCAAAUUGCAUACUGUACAUUUGCCAACAAACACAGGGUGAAUACUGUACAUAUAAUUAACAAUUAACUCACUCUGGUAUUAACUGUGUUUCCUUUCGGAGUUGACCACCAAGUGCUAAACGUACCAUGUGACUGAAACCUGGUUUAAUAUAUGCCCCUAUACCUGUGAUCUAUAAACAUUGUACUAUAUAGGACAUGCUUGCUGUACAUGAUGGGUCAUUUUUUGUUGAUACAUUUAUUUAGUAAUAAUUUAAUGAUCAUUCUUAAGGUGCUGAGAAGUUAGAACUUCAAAAGAAUGGGCUAAAACUAAUACUCGAAGAGGAUGGCUCAGAGGUUGAUUCAGAAUAUUUUGCCUUCCUUUUGCAAAAUACCGUAUUACAGUUGUUAGCCAUUGACGAGAAAUGGGAAAGUCAUGCUGAAGGUAUAUUAAAAUACAAUUAAAAAUAUUUAGAAAAUUUCAGUCAGUGAAACAAAUUGUUUUGCAAGUACAUGUAUUUUGUUCUGGAAGUCCUCCAGGGACAUACUGUAUCAUUAUCAGUGUGACAUAUAAACAGACAAUGUGUCACUAAUGCUAUUUCACAACUCAGUGAACCCAUCAAAUGUUGUAUCCUACUGUAGCUCCAACAAAUGCUGUGCCCCUCUUUCUCAAAAAAUGUUGAAAAUGUACCCUUGGUGCAUACAUGUAUUUGGUAUGAAAGUAAAACUUUACUGCACAAUAAUGUCAUGCAUAUUUUAAUAUUAUACUGUUUAAUAUUUUUGUUCCAGUAACAAAAGAUCAGUCAGUGAAGAUUGCAGCAAGUGAUGUACGAAAAGAAACUGUGUCCAAUCUUAAUGUGAAAUCCAGACAAAAGACAAUCACUAGUACUGGAGCACUUGGGCCACCCUUGUCUGUGAGUAUUAAUUUGAAAAUUAGAUUUACUAUAUUUUAUUUCAUUUUAUUUUAUUUUAUAUAAAGUACAUAGUGCUUUAUGUAUACUAUUUAAAAAACAGGCAGGAGUGUUUUAUUAGGUUUAAAGCCACGAACGCGCAGCGCAAGUGGCUUUAGACCUAAUAAAACACGACCUGCGAGUUUUUUAAAUGGCUUCAAAAACGUCUGCAUUAUAGUCAAAUAUUUAAUAUAUAAAAAUCUUUAUAUAAAAAUCUUUAUACAGUUUGCAUAACAAUGGUCUUUUGUUAAAGUGUUCUUUAGCUGGUAUAAAGACGUAUAUAUGCACGUGACUAAUUUCUUACUCAAGAUUGGAUAAUUGCUUCAUGAAUUAUUAAUGAGUUUUUGAAAGAGAUUUCGAGCACUGAUAAAACUGAUAAUUUCCCACAUGAAAAUUAUCGCUUUCCAAUUAUCGCUUUUCUGUAAAAAUUAUCGCUUUUCAAAGACUGUCCCUUUAUAUAAUAAACACAAAAAUAUAUGGAUGCUUGGAAAUACCAGAUUUAUUUCUUGUGUUGAACAUGAUACCUCACUCGUUUGCUUCACUCACUCUUGAAAUAUCAUGUUCGAUCAACACUCGAAAUAAAUCUGGUAUUUCCGUGCACCCAUGUAUUAUCCUCUAUUUAUAAAAUAGGGUGUAAUAUUGAUUUUUCUGUGAAAACCUCAAGUGAUCAUCAUACCAUGAAUUAUUUAUGAUAAUCUUACAUGUGAUGGACAAACUAUGUAAUAGCAUUUUAAGUACUGGUACAGUAAUAGUACCUUCUUGGCUUGUUACAUAAUUUUAUAUACUGGUAUUAAAUAAUAAAGUACAGGCAAUCGCAGGAAUAAAAGGGCAGGGUUGCAAUGAAUUGCACUCCUUCUGAAUGUUACUGUACUGUAGGUGUGCUGUUGUGUGCAAUUAUUUUUUCAUCCCAAAUUGGCACUGGGUGUUUAAUUAAUUCCUACAUUUGCAAGGUCUUUGGUACAAGCUACUGUAGGCUAAUCUUCUUGGCAAUUUAUUGAAGUUAAAUAAGUUUACUUGAUAAAAGUCAGAAAUUGUUUUGACAUUACAUCAUCAAUUGACAACAAGUUUAAAUUUUUAAGUGACUGAUGAUUCCAAAUGAAACGAAACUAAACAGUUUAUUUCAAGUACUUGAUAAAUAUACUUUCUGCUACAGUGUAGGUUUGGUCCUAUAUUUGGAUAGUUUAAUAUAAUAACACUGACAAAAUGCUAAUGCUAUUGUUUCACCACACAGUAUAAGGAUAACCUGAACUGAAGUUCGGGGAAUUACAGUGCAUGUUGUUAUUUAUUGUGUCACAACUAUAAAUGAGCAAAUUGCAGCUUGAUGGGUUAAUAGAUAUUGAUAAUAAUUAUUAAUAAAUAUCGUGUCCAUUUGCUUAUAGCUUUCUUGCAAAACACCAACAAAUGUGACUUUGCCAGUGGACAUUGGUAUGCUAAAAGACCAGGCAAAAAUCUACUCACUCAUAGACACAAAUGAGAAGUUAUAUAAUUAUCAUAAAGCAAUAAAUGAAGCUGCCUAUCAAAUAGCAUUAGAAAACCCGAUGAUUGUAGGGAACAAAACAGAGUUAAAUAAACUUGCAGUAGCAAAACUCGAUAUUGAUGGAUACAGUUACCGCAAAAAGAAGUCGAGAUCAAAACAAUUAAAUCCUGACGUAGACACACCAAAGCGAGCCAAGAUUCAGAGCGAUUUUCGUGCAAGUAGAAUAAAAGAAGUAAGUGAAGAUUUGACAGAGGUUGAUAAGCAAGUACAGCUGUGUACAAAAUAA